AUGAAAAAUAGAAAUAAGAUGACUAAAUUUCCUGUGGCGCGUAUAAAGAAGAUCAUGCAGAAGGAUGAGGAGGUGGGCAAGGUCGCGCAAGCUACACCUAUAGUUAUAUCGAAAGCUCUUGAGCUGUUUCUCUCGAUGAUGAUCGACCGGGCUUGCGAAGUUACAACGUCGAGGGGCAGCAAGAAGGUAGAAGCAUAUCACCUAAAACACGCGAUCGAGACGACCGAAAUGCUUGAUUUUCUCAAAGAGAUUGUCCAGGCUGUCCCUGAUCCUUCGGCAGGCGGGACAGUUGACCUCGACCUUGUGGAUGCUGAGACAUCGACGUCCACGGGAGCCAAGCGAUCUCGCAAGGGCAAGAAAGUCGACCCCGAUAGUGCGACAGUUCCCCAAAAGAGGCGGCGGAGAAAGAAGGAAGAGAAAAGCGCAGAGAUGGUUGUGGAGGAGGGAGACGGUGCAGGUACAGUGGAGGAAGAGGAGAGUGAGCACCGACCGUACAGGCGAGAGGAGAAUUGGGACGAUGACGACGAGAAUGGCGACUAG